AUGGGUAGAAUGUUAAAGACUAUGCCCAAGAUUUGGAAGGUCUAUGAUCGAGCUAGAGGCUUGGCUCUAACGAAAGAGAGGUUUCAGUUUAUCUUCGAGUUAGAGACUGAUAUCCAGAUGGUGCUCAAACAAGGUUUAUGGACCUUUGAUGAUUGGGGUAUGGCUAUGGAACGGUGGGUAGAAGUUCCUCCUCCUAAUUAUCUGCAAUCAGCCUUGGUAUGGGUACGGCUAUAUAACCUCCUGGCCAAUUACCUUACCUUGAAGACGAUUGAUACCAUUGCUGAUGGAAUAGGGCAUGUGGAGAUCAUUGAAUUUGAUCCACUAAGCCUUUAUUGA